AUGCCGAUUAAUCAACCGUCAGGUCAAAUUAAGCUAACUAAUGUCUCAUUAGUUAAAUUGAAAAAAGAAAGAAAGAGAUUCGAGAUUGCAUGUUACCAAAACAAAGUUCAAGAUUAUCGAAAGGGUGUGGAAAAGGAUCUUGAUGAAGUUCUACAAAUCCAUCAAGUUUUCAUGAAUGUUUCCAAAGGAUUAGUGGCAUCUAAAGAAGAUUUACAAAAAUGUUUUGGUACAACGGAUAUAGAUGCUGUAAUCAAAGAGAUUAUGAUCAAAGGAGAAAUUCAAUUAUCUGAGAAGGAAAGACAAUUGAUGCUCAAUAAAAUCAAUAAUGAAAUGUUAACCAUUAUUAGCGCAAAGUGUGUGAAUCCGGUAUCUAAGAAAAGAUAUCCUCCUACGAUGAUCCAUAAAGCAUUGAAUGAAUUGAAAUUUAGCCCUGUAGUAAAUAAACCAGCUAAAUUACAAGCAUUAGAAGCCAUCAAACUACUGGUUAAUAAACAAAUCAUCCCAAUUAGUAGAGCAAAAAUGAAGGUGAAAAUCAUCUUAAAAGAUACCAACCAUGAUUCUGAGUUGAAAGAAAAGCUAAACAAAAUUGUUUUACAAGGACCAACUAAUAAAUUAGAACCAGCAGAAGUUACAGAAACUUCAACAAUACUAGGUCUGAUUGAUCCGGUUAGCUAUAGAGAAUUAGUAACCCUAGCUAAGGAGAAAUCGUUUUCUUUGCAAGUUAUUGAUAUGGCAGUUAUUGACGAUUCUCACUAA